GUGGCCUUGCCUCUCCUCAGCUGCCUUGGCCUGAGCCUGCCGAGGCCUAUGAUGAUAGCGCUGUGGGAAACUUGGACAGGAUGGUGCGCUCCAAGUUCGAGGAGAUGGAGAGACUUGCGGUGGACAUGGCAGUGAAACUUGGCGUGCGGGCUGCAGGCACCGGAAGUGGAAUGGGAUCUUUCCACGGGUCGCAGAUGUCGAUGAGGGAGACCAGCAAAAUCCUUGACAAAGAAGAGACUGGUGCUACAAAGGAGGCGGAGGCUGAGGAGGACGACGACGUCAAGGACUUCAUCGAAGACGACCCAACGGAGGAGGCGACGGAGGAGGUCUCCACCGUUCAUUAA